AUGGAUGCCUCCAGCACUACUAGCGGAGCUGAACGGGCACUAUCGUCGCGUAGUAUCCUCAGUCGUGCCGCGGCGAGUAUUGGCAAUGAUGCCGACGUGUUACUGAAGGAUCCCUGGGAAGCCAUAGCGCUGAUCGGACAUGCCUGUAUGGCUGCUGUUUCUUUCAGAUUAAUCGGCCUGGAUGAAAGUCACAGAAUAGAAUCUCAGGAACCCUCAUCGCCAUUACCCAAGGAGUGGAAUGCGAACUCCACAUAUGCCUUCACAUAUUCACACCCACAAUCAUCUAUGCAGUUCUUGUUAAAAAUCAGCCGACUCGGUGACAACGCAGUCAUCUACGCGCUGGCCUUGGGGCAUGACAAAACCACAUCUUUCGAUAUACAGGUCAAAGACUACGUCUCCGAAUCGUCUCUCCCAUUGACAAAAUCUACUGAGGAACUUACUCAGUUGCUCGAACAAGUGUUUAUUUCUCUGUCGCGGCUUAGUGAUUUUAUCACUCUGUUUAAAAUCAAUGUAAUCCAGAAACUUGCGCCGGGUCUGCAAAAGGAGAGCUAUGAAGAUGACUCCUCCCUCAGUCGAGAACGGCAACAGGGAGAGGGGUACGUGCACGAACUAGGGCCACCAUUGCGGCAACCACGGCAGCCGACAAGUGAUCCUUUAUCGGCCCCCCCACGUCGAUCGCCGGUCCCAGCAGGUGAUUUCCCUCCUCCUGGUUUUGAAGAUGAGUACGAAAUAAAUGUUCCUCCUCGCGGGUUCCACCCGCAGGGAACAAGCCACGAGCCAAGGCGACCGAAUAUUGGAGAGCGGGACCUAUACCCUCCUGGUUUCGGGCCUCAUGAUCCACUGAUACCUCACUUUGGACCGCAGGGCGGGGGCGGGGGCGGAGGCAUGCAUCCAACCUUUGACGAUCCUAUGUUUCAGCGUGUGGGUAGUAGGGGUGGUGGUGAUGAAUACGAUCCCCAGGUUCCUCCUGGCGCAAGGUAUGACCCUGUUGGGCCGGGGGAUGGACCACCGAUGGGACGUGGUCGCGGGCACCACGGGUUUCCUGGGGCUCGUGGUGGGUUUGGAGGGGGAUUUGGGGGUCCGUUUGGUGGUGAUAUUAUUUAA